AUGGAGGCAUUACUCGCCAGGUUGUUGCAGGCACAAUACACACCGGCCUUUAGAAAGAAAUGCAUACUCAAAAAUAAAGCACACCUCAAUUAUGAUCUGUUUGACACGGGACCGUUUCGGCCAUCGUACGCAUUGGGCACGUACACCAGUCAUGGUGGAGCCCCGUACGAAAUCUCCAACACCCCUAUUGAGGUGAACGAAAGCCGAAAGCAGCAAAUCCAGAACAGAGCACGUCUCGAAUCUCAGAAUGACUACAUGUGCUUAUCUCCGAAGCUUCCCACUGGGCUACAGGAAGAGCUGGAUUCUCUUGUUGUGACAUCCUCUAAUGCGGUGGACGUCAAUUAUCAGCGAAUGGCAAUCACCGGCGAAGAGCUUUCGGGUGUGCCACUGGAAGACCUGAAGGAUGCAGCGACACAUCUGAUUGAAGCAUUGCGAAUGCGAAAUGAGUACAUGGAACGAAUUGGGAACCAGUUUCCAGUCACCACCAAGCGCUUCCUGAGUGGUGAAUAUCCGGCGAAUUUACCAAAAUACCGCCGGAAGAACACCGAGUCAACUGCAAACACAUCAUUCAAUCCACCAGAGCCACCGAAGGAUCAUUGGGGUCUGAACACCCCACUUCCAGUGUUCCCCGUCAAGUAUACGUUGCGUAGACGUGAUGGAGUUAUAGAAGUAUGUGGUGCCGAUGGUAAACUCAAGCCCGAGUUUGCUAAGUACUACAUCUCUAAGGAACAGUUCUUGACCGACACUGAACGCCUCACCCAGAUGAUUGUUGAUGGACCAUUAAAAUCGUUUUGCUUCCGACGUCUGUCGUAUCUGCAGAACAAGUUCCAGUUGCAUGUGCUGCUGAAUGAGCUUCGCGAACUUCACGAACAGAAAGCUGUUUCUCAUAGAGAUUUCUACAAUAUCAGAAAGGUUGAUACUCACAUUCACGCUGCAUCAUCGAUGAACCAGAAACAUUUACUUCGAUUCAUUAAGAAGAAGAUCCGAACCGAGGCCGAUACCGUGGUAUUGGAGAAGAAUAACAGACCCGUCACCAUGAAGGAAGUCUUCAAGAAAAUGGGAAUCGAUGCUUACGAUUUGUCAGUAGAUAUGCUCGAUGUGCACGCCGACAGAAACACUUUCCAUCGUUUCGACAAGUUCAAUACGAAGUAUAACCCUGUUGGUGAAUCGACAUUACGUGAGAUUUUCAUCAAAACGGAUAAUUAUGUUGGUGGAAAGUAUUUCGCUGAAGUGCUCAUGGAGGUUCUUUCGGAUCUAGAGGACUCGAAAUACCAACAUGCCGAACCUCGUCUGUCCAUAUAUGGGCGAAGCAAGGAUGAAUGGGAUAAACUUGCUAAAUGGGCCAUCACUCAUGACGUAUGGAGCCCUAAUGUGAGAUGGCUGAUCCAGAUUCCUCGUCUCUAUGAUAUUUACAAGUCCAGAAAUAUGGUGAAGAAUUUUGACGAGCUUCUUGACAAUGUGUUCACUCCUUUGUUUGAGGCCACAAAUGAUCCAUCCUCACAUCCUGAUCUCUAUCGAUUCCUUCAACAGGUUUCCGGUAUUGAUUCUGUCGAUGACGAGAGCAAACAUGAGUUUGUUCAUUUUGAUCGAUCAACUCCCUCUCCCGAUAAUUACAAGGAUGCCGAAAAUCCGCCGUAUAAUUAUUAUCUGUUCUACAUGUACGCCAACCUCACUGCUUUGAAUGCAUUUAGAAGGGAACGAGGCAUGAAUACGUUCUCAUUGCGACCACAUUGCGGUGAAGCUGGUCACGUUAAUCACCUACUUACCGGAUAUCUCACCAGUGAAAGUAUAGCACACGGUAUUUUAUUACGAAAGGUCCCAGUUCUUCAAUAUCUUUUCUAUCUAACAAAUAUGGGUAUUGCAAUGUCACCUUUGUCGAACAACUCGUUAUUCAUUAGUUAUCAACGUAAUCCACUUCCGGAAUAUCUUCAAAAGGGGCUCAAUGUUUCCUUGUCAACCGACGAUCCGCUGCAGUUCCACUACACUAAGGAAGCUCUUAUGGAGGAGUAUUCAAUCGCAGCACAGGUAUGGAAGCUGAGUUCAUGUGAUAUGUGUGAAUUGGCUCGUAACAGUGUUCUACAGAGCGGAUUUGAAGACAAGGUAAAAAUCCAUUGGUUAGGUCCUCAUUAUCAAGAAGAAGGAGUACUCGGUAAUGACAUUCACAGGACGAAUGUUCCAGAUAUUAGGGUUUCUUUCCGUCAUGAAGCACAUGUGGACGAGUUGUGCAAUCUGUUCCGCGUUCAGCAUUUCACAAAUCUGGACCAGUGA